UUGAGAUCACAACUUGCAAAAUUUGUGGUAAAAAGCUGGCGUCUGAAAACAUAAAACUCCAUGAAAUUCACUGUGAACGUUUAAAAGCAAUGAAAGAUAAAUUCCAAUCAAACAAACAACAAAAUCCUAAAAGUUCUCAAAAAUCGCACAACUCAAAGAUUAAGAAAAAUAAGAACAAAAAUAAACCACAAAUGAGUGACGAUAAUUUACUUAACGAGGCAAUUCGUUCAAACAAAAUUUGUGCUGGAAACUCUUGCGAACAAUCGACCACUUUAUUGGGACAGGUUUGCCCAUUUUGCAAAAAGACAUUCUGUUUGCAACACCAUAUGCCUGAAGUACAUGGUUGCGGCUCUGCAGCACAUUCGUCAGCAAGACGACAAAUAUCCAGAGAUGGAGUGUUAUAUAAUGGAAGUGGUGUUCCCAGUAAAAAACUACCACCUGAUAAACAUGCAAAUUUGCAGCGUAAACUGGGAAGUAAAUUGAAAGAAAUGGAAGAUAAAAGAAAAGCUGUGAACAAAAAGAAAUAAUUUAUUGUUAUUAGAUCUCCACUGUGAAAAUUUAGCAUUCUUUUAACAUGUAUUAAACAACUUCAAAUAUUU